AUGAGUAAUCCCAAUAACGCUCAUAAUAACUCCAGCAACUUUUACCAUGCAUCUGCAAGUUCCUCCUCUUCUACUCCGUCACCGCCACCACCACCAUCUUCUUUUCAAUCCACGCCGAUUAUUUGUUAUGGUGGAACAAUUGAAACUAGAGUAUCAAGAUUUAACCUAUUAAACUUAAAGCAGGAAUUGCAAUCAAUCACUUCCUCCUCAUUACUAAAAAGGGGAAAAUACUAUAAUUUAUAUAAUGAAAUUGGUGGAAAUAUCAAAGAUCUCGAAGAAAAUAUGAAAGAAGCAAAAGAAAUUUUCAUCAAAAAAGAUAAAUCAACAAUAAGCAGUAGUCCUAAACAAGCAAACUUAAAAAGAAAAAAGCAAUCAAAAAAUGCUGACGAUGAUUCUGGUAAAUUAUAUAAUUAA